AUGACGAGGAGGCAUUGCCAAGCUCUCUCCUGCUGCCUCGUCGUCCUCCUCCUCUUCAUCCUCGCCUCGUCCAGCAGCGCUUCCACUCUAGAACACAUGUGCAAGUACGUCGCCACAACCCGCAAGGAUAUCGGCUACGACUACUGCAUCAAGUUUUUCCAAGCCAACAAGACCAGCGCCGCCGCCGACAACCGCGGCCUUGGUGUCAUCGCCACGCAGAUCAGCCGCGCAGCAGCCUCGGACACCCUCAAGCGAAUCGACACCCUCCUGGCUUCGGAGAAGGACAAGAAGAUCCAUGCGCGCCUCUCUGACUGCCGCGUGCUGUACUCAGCCGCGGUGAACUUGCUCAAGGUGGCGGCGAACCUCAACGCCGUGGUAUCGGACACCUACACCUGUGAGAAUGGGUUCCGCGUGCUAGGCGUGACUUCACCACUGGCCGCGGAGGACGCCAGAUUCCUUAAGGACUGCUCCAUCGCUCUCAUUAUAACGAGCACGUUCUGGUAG